AUGGCCUUCACCUUCGCGGCCUUCUGCUACAUGCUCACGCUCGUGCUGUGCGCCGCGCUCAUCUUCUUCGUGAUUUGGCAGAUCAUUGCCUUUGACGAGCUCCGCACAGACUUCAAGAACCCCAUUGACCAGAGCAACCCUACCAGAGCGAGGGAGCGAAUUCUCAACAUAGAGAGGAUCUGCAACCUGCUUAGGAGGUUGGUGGUUCCAGAAUAUUCCAUUCACGGGCUGUUCUGCUUGAUGUUCAUGUGUGCGGGAGAGUGGGUCACUCUGGGUUUGAACAUCCCGCUGCUCUUCUACCAUCUCUGGAGGUUUUUCCACCGGCCCGCUGAUGGUUCAGAGGUGAUGUACGAUCCUGUGAGCGUCAUGAAUGCCGACAUACUGAACUACUGCCAAAAAGAGUCCUGGUGCAAACUGGGCUUCUACCUGCUCUCCUUCUUCUAUUAUCUUUACAGUAUGGUCUACGCUUUGGUCAGCUUCUAA